AUGUCUGAUUCAAAUUCUACAACUUAAGAUUAUGAUUGUUAAAUUUGGAGUUCAAAUUAAUAGAGAUUGUUAAAGAAUCGAUUCUCAAUAUAAUUUAUUAAAAAAAAAAAAAUUAGAUACAUUUUAGAUGGAGAAAUCCUUAGAAUGUAACUAAUUCAACUAAUAUAAAUAGAGAUAAAAUGAAAGAUUUUUAUUUAAGGUCCUAAGUGUUGACUAAUUUAGAAUAGAUUUAAUAUCUUAAAUGGUUAGGAAAAUAUGUAGAUGGCCAUAAGAAGACUGGAAAAUGGGCUGUUAAUUGGAGAGGGGAAAUACUGUAAGAAAUAGGAGGAUAUUACUCGAAUGAUGGAUUAAAACAAGGUUUAUGGAAUGAAUUAACUUAAAAUUAUUCAAGGUGUAAAUAUAAAUAGAUAAUAAUAGUUAAGCUCAAGUAUUUGAAAAAGGAGAAUACUAUAAGGAUUAAAAAUGUGGGAUAUGGAAUUAUGUUUACAAAAAUAAAACUAUGUAUUUAUUAUUAAUUAAUUUUUUAGAGGAGGAGGAUCAUAUAAUUCAUAAGAUUAGAAGAAUGGUAAGUGGACUAAUUUGAGCGAUAAUUUUUGGGAAAAAUCUAGAAUCACAUAUUAGGGGGCAUAUGAAAAUGGCAAAAAAGUUGGUUUGUGGGAUAUUAUAUAAAAUGGAAAAUAGGUGUAAUAAGAAUAUAAUUAUAUUAAGAAUUGGAGGUGGAUUUUAUGAUUUUGUGAAUUCAAUAAAAGUUGGUAAGUGGAUUGAGUUAAGUACAGAUUAUUGGGAAAGAUCUUAAGUUAUUUACAUUGGUGAAUAUAGAAACGGCAAAAAAGUUGGUUAGUGGGAUGUUUUAUCUAUUGGAGGAUAAGCGUAAUAAGAUUAGAAUUAUAUUAAGAAUUGGCGGUGGAUCUUAUGAUUAUAAAGAUUCAAAAAAAAUAGGAAAGUGGGUUGAAGUUAGUUCAGAUUAUUGGGAGAGAUCUUAAGUGAUAUACAUUGGAUAAUAUAGAAACGGCAAAAAAGUUAAAAGAUGGGAUAUUCUUUAUACUAAGGACUCUGAAGAUAAUAUGAAUGAUUAAAUGUAAGAACAGAAAUUAUUAAAAAAUCAAUCUAGAUUUGGAGGCCUAUAUGAUGAUGACGAUAAUGAAAGUGAAAACACUGAAUACAAAAAGGGUAUAUGGACUGAAUUAAGUGAUGGAUUUUGGGAGGGAUCAUAAUUAAUUUAUCGUGGUGAAUAUAAAAAGGGGAAAAAAAUUGGAAAAUGGGAUGUUUUGAAUAAUGGAAAAUAAAUGUAUAGUUAUGAAUUAGACAAUUAUUUUAGAAUAGGUGGUGGAUCUUAUGAUGUUGAAGGCUUAAUAAAGACUGGAAGAUGGAUUGACGUAAGCGAUGAAUUUUCUUGGGGAUCUAAGGUUACUUAUUUAGGUGAGUAUAAAAAUGGGAAAAAGGUAGGAAGAUGGGAAAUAGCAGCAUGGGGUAAAUAUAUGUAAAAAUUAAAAUAUGAUUAGUGGUGGUGGAUCAUAUAAAGAAGAGGGCAAAUUAUUUGAAGUAGGUAUUAAGAUUGGAAGAUGGAACGAAUUGAAAGAAGUUUUUGGUUUAAAUUCAUAUGUCACCUAUAAUGGGGAAUAUAAAAAUGGUUAAAAAAUUGGUAGAUGGGAUAUUAUUUGGAGGGAAGAUGACAAAAAACCUUUUUAAUAAAUGUAAGAUAUCAAUAAAUAAUAUUUAGUGGUGGAGGAUCAUACAAUGAUCAAGAAAAUAAAGAGGGAGCUAUCAAGAUUGGUAAGUGGAUUGAAUUAAGCGAUGGAUUUCGAAAAUAUUCGUAGAUCAUUCUUAAUGGAGAAUAUAAAAAUGGAAAAAAAGUUGGUAUAUGGAAUGAGAUAGAGUUAAGGGGUAAUAAACUAAUUUAAGAAAUUAAUUAUGAAGAUUGA